GAUUCAGUGUAGCCCUUUUACUAAUCAUUCUCUUGCUACUUCUAUAGCAACAAGCACAAGGGAUGAUGUGUGGAUGUUCUGGAAUAAUGUCAAAUUGGAGGCAGACACAAUGAAGUUGAAGUGUAUUCAGUUUGCUGUCGACCAGUCUCUUAUGGGAAAUAAGGCCAAUUCCAUUUUGAACAAGAUGAAGAUAAAUUUUAUUUUGAAUCAGAAAAACAAUGCAUCAAUAAUUGGAAGCAAGUGGACCUAUCCAAAUGAGGAGUCAACUCCGUCAACUCUGUCAACUCUCCCAAAUAAGGUAGAAUAUAACCUUCAUUUUGCUUAUCAAAUUAUUCAUUUUCCUAUAUUAUUGUCUUUUGAAAUUUUACUAUUAAGUAUGCAAGACCACUGGGAAGCAAACUUCGCUCAAAG